CACGGCUGUAUUCAGGCAGUAGCCAUCGCAUAGCGAGUGUGAUUCAUAUUAUCGUUGAUUAUCGUUCUCGAUCCAGUGUCGGUGUCAGCACACUUACGUCUUUCUCGCGUAUUCAUUUCAGUUCCAAUUCGAUCGAGAGCCGCCGAUCUUCCACGAUUCCGCGAACACGAUCAGCAGCGUAAAUCUUCGCUCUAGUUCACGGCGCCAGGAGGCAACCAGAAGAACCGACGACGUAGAAAGCACACCAGAAGGCCGGCUCUAUCCUUAUCUCUUCCUCGCUCUCCCUUUCUCGCGCGGAGCGAGCCAUUUCGCAAGCUCUCGAAAGCCUCCGUUGCGAUCUGCUUGCAAGCGCGGACCCCUCACGUAUCGGGUUGCACCCGGACAGGAAGGGCGACCCGUCUCUCUCGAAUCUCGGCUCACACGAGCGGAGGAUUUUCACGCUAGAAAGCGGCCGUCCAGCAGGGCGAUACCAUCUUAUAUGACUUUACUUCGACAACGAGAAACAUCCAGGAUAUCAUCCAGAGGGAAAGGAUCGGAGUGUAGCAAAGGCGGCGGCGACAGUAGAACACUAUUAUCUGACUGGCGAUCAUCAAACGGCAACACCAUCACCACCCACGACCGUUUGUUUUCGUGCGACGAGUUAACGUCGACGUCACCAACCUGGUACCAUAGAUUGCCAGGCUUUCUUAAGGCGACCAGCGACGGACAGGCAGCGUGUAUGAUCAUUGAGGACUACCCCCCUACCCCGCCCGCCACCGCCAAACCGAGGCAACACCCGAGGCAUCAAGAUACCACCCAACGAUUCCUAAACCUUCACCUGGUCCUGCCCAAGCACAGGACCUCAAAAUUUUCCAGUAAUAGGCAUCGGAAGCUACAGCCAUUCAGAGAAACGUGACUGGCGUCAGCGGGUAGCGGCGCGGCACGCCUUACCGCUAAAAAGGACUACAAUCCUGAAAA